AGAAAGUGUCUACUAUGACAGGUGCAAGCAUUCGUACACUACGCACAAUUAAAAAAGAGGGUUCUAUUAACCAAGGCCAAUGGAAUACGCCAGGGAAAAAACGACCCCGGCCACCAACUGUGUCAAAUUUAGACAAUUUUGAUGUGUCAGCCAUCCGUAAUAAAAUUAAUGAGUUUUAUUGCGUCAAAAAGCAGGUACCUACUCUAAGAGCCUUACAUGCGGAUUUGAAAGAAUCUAUAGGAUUCUCAGGAUGUUGUGAAACACUGAGGAAAAUACUACACGAGAACGGAUUUGAGUUUAAAAAAAAUAAAGAAGAGCGCUCCAUCCUCAUGGAAAAGUUUGAAAUAUCUGGGUGGAGGCAAAGGUUUCUUAGAGCUAUACAUAAAAAACGGGAAGAAGGAAAAAAUAUUGUGUAUCUUGAUGAGACAUAUGUCCAUCAAAAUUACAGACCGAAGAAGUCAUGGCAAGGGCCUUCAACUUCCGGUUUAGUUGAAAAAAUUUCCUCGGGUAAGCGGCAUAUUAUAGUGCAUGCUGGAUCAGAGCAAGGAUUUGUGCCCAAUGCUUUGCUUGUUUUUAGCACAAAAUCCAAAGCAGCUGACUAUCAUGAUGACAUGAACAGUUCUAAUUUUUUAAAGUGGCUACGAGAAAUGUUAAUCCCAAAUUUGACUGAGCCCAGUGUAAUUGUUAUGGACAAUGCCAGUUACCAUGUAACACAAAUAAAUAAGCCUCCAACCAUGCACAGCUUAAAGGCUGAUAUUCAAAAAUGGCUAAGGGAAAAUAAUAUCCCAUAUGAAGAGUGUUUCAAAAAGGAGGAAUUGAUGUGCUUCGUUGAGGAAAAUAAAAUUGGUCCCAUAUAUGCAGCAGAGGAGUUAUUGAAGCAGCAUGGGCAUGAGGUCCUUAAAUUGCCUCCAUACCAUUGCGAUCUAAACGCUAUUGAGUUGAUAUGGAGCCUCACAAAGCGAAAAAUAGCCAGCAGAAAUGUGGGGCUACCGGGUUCAGAUACGGAAAACUUGAUCCGAGAAUGUUUUGCAAUGAUUACCCCGGAAGAUUGGAAAAAAAGUACAGACCAUGUAAUAAAUGUGGAACGAAAAUACAAGUCUAAGGACAACAUUACAGACACUGAACUAGCUCCAUUCAUAAUAGAAGUUCGGGAAAGUGACAAUGACAGUGAUAGUUCUCCGUCAGGAAUUGAAUUUCUUGAAUCCGAUUUCGAUUAUGAUUCUUAA